AUGGACACAGACACAAGCAUGCACCAAAACCAACACAACAACCAACAGUUCAAAAUCCAGCACAACAACCAACACAACAACCACCUCCACAACCAACAGUUCAAAACCCUGCACAACAACCACCUCCACCACCAGCACAGCAACCAACAGUUCAAAACCCUGCACAACAACAACCACAAACAGAGCAAGGACAUAAAAGAAGUAGAGAACAAGGAAACCAAGAAUUCUUAA